AUGGAGAGUUGUGCUCGUGGUGAUUUUGGUCUCUCUGCUUCUCCUCCUAAGCAGCUUUUGGUGUUAGACUUUGUUCCUGGGGAAGUCCGUGCAGAACAAAGUGAUGGUGAAGUUGAGAAAGUUCUGAUGACGUUGCAGAGUUUACCUUCACCAAUUCCUUCACGCAAGUGGCUUGUGGAUCAUAUGGUGGAGCUUGGGUUUUCAAGAUCGUUAUCUGAGUGGAUUGGAAGCAACCUCAAGAGAUCAGGAGACUCAGAGACAUGGGCCUUUAACCUGGAUGGAGCUAUUCAAAUGUUCAAGUCUUAUAGAGAAACUUCGUACUGGUCUUUGUUAGAGAAUCCGCCAAAAGAGACGGAGAUUUCUUUUGUGAUUGCUGAGAAGAGCGACAGAUGGGACAAUGAUACAACCAGGCGGCUUGAAUCAAUUGCAAAACAGAGACGGAAUGUCUCAGAAGGGAAGGUUUCGACUCAUGUGAGUUCCCACUGA